AUAAAAAAAUCAAUAAUAUUAAAAAUUUAUUAAAAAAUUAAGAAAAAAUUACUAAAUGAGCAUUGCAAUUUUACUUUCACUUUAUGGUAUUUAAUCCAUAUGGUAACAAAAGGAAUUACAUACGUGAAGAAAAGUUUUUAUAUAGAUAUUUUUUCAUAUAAAAAUUAAUUAACAAUGGAAUUUUCUCAAUUAGAAAAUAUUGUUAAUGUCAAUUAUAUGAAAAAAUCCACUGAUAACAUUCAAUAUGGAACAGCUGGUUUUAGAACAAAGGCAGAUAUUCUAGGACAUGUUUUAUAUAGAAUGGGAUUAUUAGCAGUAUUAAGAUCUAAAGUUAAAAAUGCUGCAAUUGGUUUAAUGAUUACGGCAAGUCAUAAUCUUGAAUGUGAUAAUGGUGUAAAACUUAUAGAUCCAGCUGGUGAAAUGUUAGAAGCAACUUGGGAACAUAUAGCUACUAACUUAGUUAAUACAGAAGAUUUAAAUUUAGUUUCUAUGAUAAAGCAUAUUAUAAAAGAACAAAAUAUUAAUAUGUCUAUAAAUGCAACUGUAAUAACUGGUAGAGAUACUAGAAAAAGUAGUCCAGCAUUAUUAAAUGCUGCUAUUACAGGAAUUCAAGCUUUAAAUGGAAUUGUAAAAGAUUUUGGUAUAGUUACAACUCCUCAAUUGCAUUAUCUAGUUGUAUGUACAAAUACAGAUGGUAGUUAUGGUAUGCCUACAUUACAUGGUUACUAUGUAAAAUUAUCAGAAGCAUUUAAACAUAUAAGAAAAGAUAAAAUUAAUAAUGGGGAAUAUAUCGCAGAAUUAUUGUUAGAUGCUGCUAAUGGUGUUGGAGCUAUUGCUACAAAAGAAUUUCAAAAUUAUCUAGGAAAAACAAUUGCAAUUAAUAUGUAUAAUGAUGGAAAUGGAAAAUUAAAUUAUAUGUGUGGAGCUGAUUAUGUCAAAGUGCAUCAAGCACCACCGGUAAAUAUUCCUAUUAAACCAAAUGUUAGAUGUGUAUCUAUAGAUGGUGAUGCAGACAGAAUAAUUUAUUUUUAUCUGGAUAAAAAUGAUAAAUUUCAUCUUUUGGAUGGUGAUCGAAUAGCAACACUUAUUGCCACAUAUCUUAAAGAACUUUUGCAAGAAAGUCAUUUAUCAUUUCAAAUUGGCUUAGUACAAACAGCAUAUGCGAAUGGUGCUUCUACUGAUUACAUUUCAAAUGUAUUGCAAAUUCCAGUUUCUUGUGUACCAACUGGUAUUAAGUAUCUACACAAUAAAGCAUUAGAAUUUGAUAUAGGAAUAUAUUUUGAAGCAAAUGGUCAUGGGACAGUACUUUUUAAAGAAACUACUAUUGAAGCAAUUAAGAAAGCUAUUAUAAAUGCAAAACGGUCUAUAAAAGAGAAAGCAGCUGCCUCUAAAUUAGAAAAUAUAAUAGAUAUAAUUAAUCAGACAGUUGGAGAUGCUCUUAGUGAUUUGUUAUUAGUAGAAACAAUUUUGCAUGCAAAAGGUUGGAAUAUUAUGGAAUGGGAAAAAAUGUAUACAGAUUUACCAAAUAAACAAUUAAUGAUAAAAGUUAAUGAUAAAAAUGUUAUAACAACAACUAAUGCAGGAAGGCAAUGUUUAACACCUGAAGGAUUACAAGACGAAAUUGAUAAAGUAAUAUUACGAUAUAAAAGAGGACGAUCUUUUGUAAGACCAUCAGGAACUGAAGAUGUAGUACGAAUAUAUGCAGAAUGUGAAAAUUUAUACGACCUUAAUAAAUUAAUUAUUGAUGUGGCAUCGUUAGUAUACAAACAUGCAGAAUCUUUACAAAAAUGUCUUUUAUUAAUUUAUUAAAAAUUACUAUAUUUUUUAUAAAGA